UUUUCCUUGAAUUUGAUUAGAUCAUAAGAAAUUUAUCAUGGUAUCAAAGCUUUUGGUUGCGAUUAGGAUCUAGUAGAAUCAAUUUCAUUGAUUGAGUUAGAGCAGCGAUGACAGAAACACAGAAUUCGCAGGCAGAGGAAGAUCCACAAACAGAUCACAAUCAUCCACUUCAUCUACAGGCGUCAGAUGUUCCAGGAGCAGCUUUGAUUCCGAUUAAGCUCACUGGACCAGAGAACUAUGGAAUUUGGAGCAGAUCUAUGCGACUCGCACUACUAGUCAAAAACAAACUUGGAUUUGUGGAUGGCACUUGUGUGAAGUCUGCGUACAAAGGUAUUUUAGUCUCAAAAUGGGAAAGAUGUGAUGCUGUGGUUCUAUCGUGGAUCAGUGCUGCUAUAGCACCUGAAUUGAUGACGAGCAUUGUCUAUGCUGCAAGUUCGAAGAGGAUCUGGGAAGUUUUCAAGGAACGAUUUAACAAGUCGAAUUUAACCAGGAUUUUCUAUCUGUGGAAAGAAAUCGGCAUGUUAACUCAAGGUACAGAUUCAGUAACUGUUUACUACUCCAAAAUGCGAGAUCUAUGGGACGAACUGGAUGUAAUGGUCCCAAAUCCGUCAUGUGAUUGUGUGGAGUCUAGACCUCACAUGGAACACGUGAAACAACAACGAUUAUUGCAAUUUCUGGUAGGAUUAAACGAGAGCUUUGCUCAAGUGCGAAGCAACAUAUUGCUUAGUUCCUCUGUUCCGAGUGUGAAUCAAGCGUAUGCAACAGCAAUACAAGAAGAAAGCCAAAGGAAACUAGGAGUGACUGAAGGAGGACAGGAACCGAUGACUAUGCUUGCUGGAAGGAAUUCUCAAUUUCCUCCACAUCAACGCUUCUCAGGUACAACUGGACAACAAAACCACAGGCCUCCAAAUGCACACAAUCACCAAAAUCAAUCAAGUUUUCAAACGAGAAGAGCAGGAAUGGUUUGCGAGCACUGUGGAUACAAAGGACAUAUGAAGGAUACUUGCUAUAGAAUCGUUGGAUUUCCUGGAGACUUCAAAAGCAAGAGGAAGGUACAUCAUGAAGGAUCUACACCUUAUGCCAACAAUUCCACAAUGGAGACAGGUAACAGCUCAGGAUCAUCAACAUCACAUGGAGCAUUCUUCACCAGAGAGCAGUGUGAUCAAUUGUUGAGCAUGUUGCCACCAGCACCAACAGGAAACUGCAGGACUGAUGCAGCAGGAACUGUGAUCAGAGAUGACAUGGGGUUAACUCUCGAAAAUGCCCACAAGGACUUGUUGGGCAGUGCUUCAAAGGUGGUGAUUACGAAAGACUCUACACUGAUAGUUACUGAUGGAAGUACUCGAAUGGCUGUUUCAAAGAGAGUUUCUCAGAUACAAAAUCUUGUUGAGAACACACAAGAAAAAUUCCAAAAGAAAAUCUUGAACGAAAGAAUUGCAAGAUUAUCCGGUGGUAUUGCCAUCAUUCAGGUGGGAGCACAAACACAGGUUGAGUUGAAAGACAAACAACUAAGGAUUGAGGAUGCCCUCAAUGCAACACGGGCUGCUACUGAGGAAGGAGUAGUAGUGGGUGGUGGCUGUUGUCUACUGAGACUAUCAUCAAAGGUGGAUGCUAUCAAAGAAAUGUUGGACAAUGAGGAUCAGAAGAUAGGAGCUGAUAUUUUCAAAAGAGCACUAUCCUAUCCGGCAAAACAGAUAGCAAAGAAUGCUGGUGUAAAUGGGAGCAUUGUUGUAGAGAAGAUUUUGUCAGUCGAUGACAUGAAAUAUGGAUAUAAUGCUGCAAGAGACAGAUAUGAAGAUCUGAUGGCUGCCAAAAUUUUAGAUCCUACAAAGGUUGUUAGAUGUUGCCUGGAGCAUGCAGCAGCAGUUGCCAAGACCUUCCUGAUAUCAGAUGCUGUUGUUAUUGACAUCCCCGAACCAGUAUCUAGACAAAUAAGACGACCACCACCACCGAUGCCAACUUCAGGUCCAAGGCUCUCUGGUCUAUCAGGUCUAAAGGCAACUGGUCUUUAAUUCAGACAUGAAGGAGAUAUAGCUAAUUAUCUUGCUGGGAGCAAAAGAAGGUACUACUAGCUCAUCAUAACGAUGCCAACUUCUAACAAUUUCUUCCAUGAUUGCUGAUGAAAACCUCUACCGUGAAGAAGAAAAAAAUUGAUCAUUUUCACCAUCAAGUGACAGAUUCAAGUUUCUCAUAUCUCUAAAAGAACAUGUACAUACUUGCUAGUUGAAGAACAAUUCGAUCCUUCUACGGCCAAAUCUCAAUUUGUGGAAAGCCUUCGAUGGCUUCCUUAUGAAAACAUCAAUUUUUAUUUGUGUAUAGACGGUAUCUCUUUAUUCUUCGUGAUAUUGACCACAUUUCUGAUCCUUA